CGCACUAUUUGAAAAAAAGAUGUCGCAUGAAUUUAUUUAUAAAUCAAACAGGGCGGGAAGCAAAACAAUCAUCAAAACGUCUUAUUGAGUAGCGUACAAAGCCUUCAAAGGAAGAAACUAAGACUCAAAAUUGCUCAAUUGGGUUGAGUUCUGGAGAGUAAGGUAUAUGUCAGUGAUUCCUAUUCUCGGUUUCACUGUUCAUUAUGAUGAACACUCGGGCUAUAGUCGUCUGAUGCUUGUAAUGGUCAAGGCUAAAUUUGGCAACCUAGAGAAUCAGAUUGAAAAAGAAAUCCCUACAGACUACUUUAAACCUUGUCAACUAGCACUCAGUAUCACCAAGAACAUCAAAGAUCUUCACUGGAACUACAUUCAUGGCAAUGUUCACACACGCAAUGUUUUGCUGAGUAAUGCUGAUUAUAUAGGCGAAUUAGUGGACAUUACAUUUAUGCACCUUAAUAAGGAUCAACAGUCGACUAAACCAGCUGGUCGAUGGCCUUAUGUAGCCCCUGAAGUGGCGGGGUAUCUAUGUCGAUUGUCUACAGACAGACCCAACCAAACGACCCAGUGCAUACAUUGUCUACCGUCGAUUGACUCAAUUAUGCUCGAAAUUACAAAAUACCUAUUUCCGUAGAAACACAACAGUACAUAAAAGACAGACGAAACGAGAUUGAUAUGUUCUUGUCAGACUCAAGAAAGAAUACCAGCUUAUUGUGUUCUACAGAUGAUGGGAGCUGUGUCUCUGCUCUAUGUCGAGUUGGAAACCAUGCCUUGACAGCUUCCAUUACUCGACCUUAAAUUUUUUUUAUAGACUUUGGAUCGUGUAACAGUCAGGUUGAACCCCUUUUCUAUGUG